AUGGACUAUAAGGCAAUUGCCCAGCAAGCUGCCCAAGAGGUCUUAAGUUAUUAUCAAGAUACAACAGGCUGGAAUGUGGUUAAAACUUCAAAAAAAAUAACUGUUUCCAGCAAAGCUUCUAGAAAAUUCCACGGAAAUCUAUAUCGUGCUGAAGGGGUAAUUCCAGAAUCAACAGCUAAACUAUCUGAUUUCCUCUUCCAAACUGAAAACAGAGUUACAUGGGAUAAAUCACUGAAGGUGUACCAUGAGGUACACAAGAUUGAUUCGGACACAUUCUUAUGUCAUACCAUUACGACGAGUUUUGCCAUGGGCUCCAUUUCCCCCCGAGACUUUGUUGACUUAGUAUACAUCAAGCACUACGAAGGGAAUAUGAACAUUAUCAGCUCUGUAAGUGUGGAUUUCCCAGAGUAUCCUCCAUCUUCAAAUUAUAUCCGUGGUUAUAACCAUCCUUCUGGUUUUGUAUGUUCACCUCUGAAAGAAAACCCAGCACAUUCCAAAUUAGUGAUGUUUGUCCAGACAGAAAUGAGAGGGAAAUUGUCUCUGUCAAUAAUUGAAAAAACCAUGCCUUCCAACUUAGUAAGCUUCAUCCUCAAUGCAAAAGAUGGGAUAAAGGCACACAAAACUCCAUCGGGACACAGAUCUCACCAUCGUUACUCAUUGCUCCAAAAGAAAUGAGGCCAUUCUGCUAUGAGAGCAUGUGUUGUAGUUUUGCAGUUUACUUCUGAGUCGACAUGCGUAAGUACUGUUAAACGAUUCUAGCCAGUAUUCUUGUGCAAAAUUACUGGAGACAGUUGUGAAAAUAAGAACUCGCAAUUGUACAAGAAAACACCAUCAAAUACAGUUUCUAAUCUCAUGAAAGAAUGGAGUGAAAUAAUGAGUGUUUUAAUACACUUUUACCUUUUGCUUUUGUCUCUGGAAAAUGUAAGAAUGUAAGAAUCAAUAAGAAAGCAAAAACAGAGGUCAGCAUUAAAGAUUGAAAUACA